AUGGCUACUGAGGAGAGUUUCGUAGUGUUGGUUCACCCAAGAGGAUCCAUUAAGAGGAAAACUCGUUCCGGUGUGAAGUUUACUGAUAAGGAUCCUCUAUGUAUGAUCGUCAGGCCUACGACGAGGUAUGAGGACCUUGUUAGCUCUGUACUGCUGAAACUUGGUCUCGAAGGUGUGAAACAGGUUAAGAAGUUUUUCUACCGCAUUCCAAUCACGGUGUUCCAAGAAACCGUUAAGUAUGAUUGUUUCACGAUCGGGAGUGAUGAGGACUUACAGGUCAUGUUCCAUUGUCGCCGGCAGUUUCCAGAGGUGAGGACACCAGAACUGUUGGCAAAAUUAGUUGACGUGGUAUCCAGUUCGGGGGGUUCGAACCGGAAUACCACCACUUUAGCCACGGUAGCCGGUUCUAGCUCCAGACCUGCCGUUGCUUCUUCCUCCGUCCCUGCGUACGAGCCACCCGUCCAACCUGUUGCCUCCCCUUCGUUCGCUGUUGAUCUCAACGGCAGUUGUGCUGCACCGGCUGGGGUUGGAGAUGAAUUUUUGGAUGAUCCAGAGGACGAUGAUGUCGAGUCGGAUAUGAUUGCUGAUGACAGUGGCGAUGAUGUCGGAGCAAGUGAGCCUGCUGGGGCGGGCGGUGGUUCUAGCUCUGGCACACAGCAGUACCCUCCAUAUUUUUUCUCUUUGGACUUGGAUGCCAUGAGGCAGGAGGUGGUUCCUGGGCAGCCGGCUGGAUUUGGCGCUAGAGAUAGUGAAGGGUCUGCAGGUCUGACAGAGUUUCAGGUUGGUCAGCAAUUUCAGGAUAAAGAUGAGGCCCUGUUAAGUGUGAAGACUUACGGCAUCCGUCGAGGGAUACAGUACAAGGUCGUGGAGUCUGACUAUCGCCGGGAUGAUGCAUCCGUCAGCAUCAAGGUGCUCCUAAAUGCCACCGCCGCACACUUUGGGUUUAGGCCGACGUACAGGAGGGUCUGGUUGGCCAAGCAGAAGGCUGUUGCCCUCAUCUAUGGUGACUGGAAUGAGUUGUACAACGAGCUCCCAAUGUGGGUGUUAGGAGUCCAGUUGACGAUGCUUGGUACUGUUGGAGUCCUUAGGACGAGUCCUGUUCGUGUAGGUGCACAGCUAGACGAGUCUCAAGCUUAUUUUCAUAGACUAUUCUGGACGUUUCCACCGUGUAUUGAGGACGGGAACUCCAACAUACUCCCUGUGGCAUUCGCAUUAGUCGAGGGUGAGAAUGCUGAGUCGUGGGCCUUCUUUUUCUCCCACCUGCGUGAGCAUGUGACACCGCAGCCUGGUCUGCUGGUUAUAUUGGACAGGCAUAACGGCAUCAAGGCCGCGCUUGAGGCUCCUGACGGAGGAUGGUUACCUCCGUCUGCAUACCGCACAUUCUGCAUUCGACAUGUAGCGGCAAAUUUCGCCCUAACCUUCAAGGGCAAAGACGCAAGGAGGCUACUUGUGAAUGCGGCGUACGCUAAGACCGAGGUCGAGUUCCAUUACUGGUUUGAUAUUCUGAGGGUCUGA